AUGGUAUCACACUUCAGUGAGCUGUGCAAAGGAAUGUGCACUCCAGUGUGCUGUACAAAGAAAUCUCACUUCAGUGUACCGCAUAAAGACAUGUGCACUCCAAUGUGCAGUGUGAAAGAAUCACACUUUAGUGUGCUGUAUGAAGAAAUGUGCACUCCAAUGUGCAGUGUGAAGGAAUCACACUUCAGUGUGCUGUAUGAAGAAAUGUGCACUCCAAUGUGCAGUGUGAAGGAAUUACACUUCAGUGUGCUGUAUGAAGAAAUGUGCACUCCAAUGUGCAGUGUGAAGGAAUCACACUUCAGUGUGCUGUAUAAAGAAAUGUGCACUCCAAUGUGCAGUGUGAAGGAAUCACACUUCAGUGUGCUGCAUGAAGAAAUGUGCACUCCAAUGUGCAGUGUGAAAGAAUCACACUUCAGUGUGCUGUAUGAAGAAAUGUGCACUCCAAUGUGCAGUGUGAAGGAAUCACACUUCAGUGUGCUGUAUGAAGAAAUGUGCACUCCAAUGUGCAGUGUGAAGGAAUCACACUUCAGUGUGCUGUAUGAAGAAAUGUGCACUCCAAUGCGCAGUGUGAAGGAAUCACACUUCAGUGUGCUGUAUGAAGAAAUGUGCACUCCAAUGUGCAGUGUGAAGGAAUCACACUUCAGUGUGCUGUAUGAAGAAACAUGCACCCCAAUGUGCAGUGUGAAGGAAUCAUAG